AUGGGCAGAGUAAGAGGACUUUUUUUUAAUAAUAAAUAAAUAAAUAAAGGAAAACAAUUUCUAGAACUUUUUAUUUAUGUCCUGUUUUAUUUUUCAGAUUAUCUUCUACGAGGACAGGAAUUUCCAGGGUCGCUCCUAUGAGACCAGCAGCGACUGUCCUGAGCUGACCUCCUACCUGAGCCGCUGCAACUCCUGCAGGGUGGAGAGCGGCUGCUUCAUGGUGUAUGAACGUCCAAACUUCAUGGGCCACCAGAUGCUGGCGAGGAGGGGCGAGUACCCCGACAACCAGCGCCUGAUGGGGAUGAGCAUGAGCGACUGCAUCCGCUCCUGCCGCAUGAUCCCUAUGGUAUGAGGCUCUUUGUUGGCUCGUGUUCAGCUCUCGUAAACAAAACCCAUUAAUUUAACCGGCGACAUACAGGAGGAUCAAUUUUUUAUGAUUGUAAUCUGCUGCGUCUUUGUGUUACAGCACAGAGGACCCUUCAGGAUGAGGGUCUAUGAGAAGGAGAACUUCGGGGGCCAGAUGAAUGAGGUGAUGGACGACUGCGACUCCAUCCAGGAACGUCUCCGUAUGUCCGACUGCCAGUCUGUUCAGGUGUUGGAUGGCCACUGGCUGAUGUAUGAGCAGCCCCACUUCAGAGGCAGGAUGAUGUACCUGAGGCCUGGAGAGUACAGGAGCCUGAGAGACCUGGGAAUCAGCCCCAUGGACAUGAGGAUUGGAUCCAUCAGGCGUAUCAUGGACUCCUGUUAG